AUGGCGGCACCUUCUAGAAAAUCAAGAACCACUGUACUUCGAUCCCUUUCACCUUCACCGAGGUUCUCCAACACUGAACAAUCACCUUCUCACUAUUCUUCCUCAGCUUUCGCGUCUUCCUCCUCAAGUUUCACCUCUCGUCCUACAACCUUCUUCAGAGGCUCCACCUCUCCGACUCGUGUCAGUGUAUACUCAUCACCGUCUGUAUCGUCUUCAUCGGUUCGGUUUUCACUAGACCGUUCGAUUUCCCCAAACCGGUCUAUCUCGGCCGUACCUCGAACCGGCGGCAAGAAACAGAGUAGUAGCCAACCGAAGCGAACUUGCAUGUGUUCGCCUACGACGCAUCCCGGUUCGUUCCGGUGUAGUCUCCACAAAGGCUUUACCUCACGCGCCUCCGUUACGCCGUAUUCGCAGAAUCGCCUCAACGCGCGUAGAUCCGCCAUGACGAAUUCGUUAGUGAGAAUUCGCGGCGUUGAAGGAGAUCUCGUGAAGAGAGCGCUUGCGGCGUUGAUUCGGCCUUCGUCGCAUCAGCAGAAAAGGAGAGGGGAUUUUCAUCCGAGACCGAGUAGGCUCUCUGUUAUGACUAAAGCUGAAGAUUCAUGA